UGGUGAGUCUGUCCAGCUGGUGACUGAGGCAGCACGGCCACGUGACCACCCAUCGCUUUCCAAGCGCGGUUCGGCGCGAAACGUCGGGGACGCAAACCACAAUUCACCACAAGUUCGCCGUGUGACCAUGAAUGAUGGCUGAGACUGCGGGCGCAAACAAGGAGCUCCCUCUGGCGGGGGUGGUCCUCUGCUUCACCUCGAUUCUCCCCGAGCAGCGGUCCGAAAUUGCUUCCGUUGCGAGUCAAAUGGGCGCGACCCAUAAGUUCGACCUCACUUCGGAUGUCACUCACCUGCUGAUCGGCGAGGUCAACACGCCCAAGUACAAGUUUGUCGCGCGCGAACGAGCCGACGUCACCGUUCUGAAACCCGAAUGGGUCGAAGCCGUGCGCCAGUCCUGGAUCCAGGGCGGCGAUACGGAUAUCCGAGCGCUGGAGGCCGAGUACCGGUUCCCGAUUUUUGGAGGCCUGUCAAUCUGUCUGACGGGAUUCGAGGAUAUGUCGGUCAGAAAGUACAUCCAAGACACGGUCACGGCGCAUGGCGCGGAGUUUCGGAAAGACCUGCUGAAGAGCACCAGCCACCUGAUUGCGCGGAGCACCGAAGGGGACAAGUACAAGUUUGCGAUGCAGUGGGGGAUCAAGAUCGUGUCGAUGCAGUGGCUCACCGACAGCCUGGAGCGGGGGAUGGUCCUGGAAGAGACCCUGUACGACCCGCAAUUGCCGCCGGACCAACAGGGCGUCGGCGCAUGGCAUCGAUCCGUGCCUGCACCCAAGCCCAAGGCCCCAGCCAACAGCGAGAACCCGUCGAACAACCCCCGGCCCCGGAAACUGCGCCGUAUCGCAAGCACGAAGCUUGGGGAUCAGAACGAGGGGAUCUGGGGCGACAUUAUCGGCAUAAACUUCGAGGCGGGUGAUUUCGGCGGCCGUAGCCAGCAGAGUGAGAAACGAGCAUUGCGGAAAGCCACCUCAGGACUGCAGGAGGUGAAGUCAUUCGCAAGCGAAACGACCAUGGCGGAAGCGCAUGAGGCCCGUCAGCCGCCGCCAGAGCCAGCCGCCGAUAGCAAAGAUGAAGGGUUUCUCAGCGGUUGCUUCUUCUAUAUCCAUGGGUUCUCGUCCAAACAGACGAAUGUGCUACGCCACCACCUGUCUUUCAACGGGGCCCAGUUGGUGGGUUCGCUGAGCGAGUUCGCCCGGUUAGACAUUCCGAAAACAGGCCAUGGGCUUUAUACCAUUGUACCUUUCAAGAUGCCCAAGGCUCAAGUUCCUUCUACGGACGAUUUAGCGUUCGAGUGCGAAGUGGUGACGGAGAUGUGGCUCGAGAGGUGUCUUGACGCAAAGACCCUCGUGCCUCCAGAAUCUCACGUCGCAAACACGCCCAUACCCUCGGUUCCAGUCCAAGGAUUUGAUGGUCUCAAAAUCUGCUCCACCGGUUUCUUUCGUAUCGAUCUCCUGCACUUGUCCAAGCUUGUCAAUCUUAUCGGCGCAACCUACAACGAGUAUCUGACGCCCAAGGCCUCGGUUCUUGUCUGUAACGACUCCAGCACCGUGAAUCAGGACAAGCUGCGACACACCCACGAAUGGGGGGUCCCAGCAGUCUCUGCUGACUGGCUGUGGGCUUCGAUUCGGUUGGAGAAAAAGCAACCAUUUGAGCCGUACCUAAUACAAAGGCAACCCACUCAGAGUGGCACGUCUCUGGACAUGCGAGCUGGCUCGCAUCCCGAGCAACAACGGCAUUCAUCAAUGAGCAAAACCACGAACGUCACGAAACCCACUACCCACCAUGGAACCGACCCGUUCAAGUCUAGAACGGAUGGAACUGGUCGCGCACUUCGAGCAACUGACGCGAACCAGGAAGAUGACCCUCCUCGGCACGAAGUCACGUCGAAAACGAAGUCAGCCGAUCCUCAAGCCCCAAGCCCUGUCAAAGAAUCGCCGAUCAAGAGAAACCCAGUCUCCUCCGCCACCUCCUCACCCCUCAAACGCAAGCUAUCCGACCAGUCCAUCGACUCGAAUGCGCAAUCCGCCUUCGAUAUCGCAGUCAGCGGCCUCCUGAAGCAAGCUCGCACCAAUCAAAGCAAGACCGGCCCAGAAUCCUCGGGGGACCGCAUCCGCUCCCGCGCCCGGAAACCAUUGCUUGGACGAGCGCCCUCCCACGGUUCGGGCCGCACCAACAGCGUCGCCUCCCUCGACCAGCCGCAACAACCGACCGCGAAAGGAUUUUCCUUCUCGCGCGCGAGUUCCAUCGACACCCUCAACGACGAUGGCUGCGGCAGCGCCAUCCUCGACUCCAACCACGCGGAAAGCGGCGGCAUUUUGUCCCGCGCGAACAGCACCACCACCCGACUAGACUAUCUGGACAUGGAGGGCAGGAGCGGCGGAGGACUCGUAGACUCGAUGAUGGUCAUGGCCGAGUACGAGUAUGACCGCGAGUACGCGGACGAGAUCGAGAACGAGGCGCCGGCCAUGACGCAGCUGGACUACGAGGAUCCGGACGCGGUGGCCAUGCGCGAGCAAUUCCUGCAUCAGGCGGGGAAGGCCGUCGAGAAAAAGAAGAGCAAUAAUCUCGCCGACCUAGCGGGCCAGCAGCUUGUGCCUGAGUUUCGGGAGCUGGAGAACGUCGGGUGGGGUGGAGGGCGGAGGACGAGACAGGCGCAGAAGGCUGUUGAGGAGGGUUUUUGAGGAUGCAUUCUGGGUUUAUGAGGGUACUGGAUAUGAUCUUUUGUUUUAUAUGCAUGGCGUGGCGUCCCCCAUCAUCAUUCACUAGGCAUACAAGGUUUAUUUGACUUUGAUCUUCUGUUCUGCAUUCGCGUCUUGUGCCUGGGUUUCAUGUAACUUGGUUAAUGCAAUGAGAGGGAAGGAUAUCAUAUGGAUCGUGUAUCUUCAAGUGCAUAUAGGCU